GCAACUGUCGGAUACCUUUCCCCCCCCCCCCCCCCCCCCCUCUCUCUCUCCCUCUCCCCCUCCGCCGCAAUCAACACCUCCAGCUUCCGCAUUGCCGCCGAUCUAUCGAUUGAGAUAAUGCCUAAGCUCGCGAUCGAUCGACGAUCGGAAAUUUGUUGAUUUCUCGCUCGAUCACCGCCGCCGGCGAUGGCUCACCACCAGCAUUACCGAUCGCCGUUCGGCGACACCACUCUCACUAAGGUUUUCGUCGGAGGACUCGCCUGGGAGACUCCGACCGACGUAAUGCGCGGCUAUUUCGAUCAAUUUGGAGAUAUUCUCGAAGCUGUCAUUAUCACCGAUAAGAACUCCGGCAAAUCCAAGGGCUAUGGAUUUGUGACGUUUCGUGAUCCUGAAUCGGCUAGGCGAGCGUGUGCCGAUCCGAACCCUAUGAUCGACGGAAGAAGAGCCAAUUGUAAUAUUGCUUCGUUGGGACGGCCUCGGCCAUCUCCUCCUCGAGGUAGAAAUCAAGUCGCCAACGUGUACCAAGGAAGCGGAAUGGCGCAAGGGGGAAUGUCGUCGUAUCUCCCGUUGCCACCGCCUCCUCCUCCCGUGGCGCCCCAUCCGCCCGUCAUGUACCCGCCCUACGGGUACACAAGCUAUUCACCCGAUUAUGCUUACCAGCAGCAGACAAUGUACAAUCCACAUAUGCAGCAAUCACAAUACUACAAUCAGCUAUAUGGGGCUUCGUCCUCUGCGUUGGGCUCACCCUAUUACUAUGGGUACGCACCCAGGGGAGCGUUUUCCGUGCCUCCGGCGCAGCGUAUGCCGGGUCCGUCUUAUCUCUACUAUCCUACGCAGAUGGAGGGCACCUCUUUAACCUAUCCUCCUACCCCUCACCCUCUCCCUUCACUACAACCAAUAAGACACUCGCUUCCUUCUCCUUCGGUCCUCCACGUGGUGACAGGCUUUAUCGAUGUUGGAUUUCUCUGCAGCAAUUAGUUUAAUAUCGUGUCUCAAUUAAUUACAAAAGUUGGUUUAUCCAAAAAUAUGAUUUUCACUUAAACGACACAAAUUUUCUGUCCUAUUUAUAGUAUGACUAUGCUUAAGGAGUAGGUACAUGGUUUCGUUUACAUUUUGUGAAUUAAAUGAUCCUUGCCAUAGUAAAUGAGUAUCUAAAUUUAAUAUAUUAAGAUUAUCUAGUUUUAAUUUAUUAUGUACUCAUGGGUAAUGUUUUAGGAAUAAGAGAAAAAAAUAUAGAAAAAAUGCCCAUAAAUGAAAUUACCAACUCCAUAAUAAUGAUCUUUCAUUUAUGUACCAAAGAAAUAUGCGAAACCUUGAAAAUAUUCAAAAUGUGCAUAAUUAGGCAUUGUUCGAUUGAUUUUUAUUGAUAUUAUUUGAUUAGAUAGACAGAGUCUUAUACUUAA